AUGGGACCCGUCCUGGCGCUGCUCCUGGCCCACCUUCUCCCCGCGCUGGCUCCCCUAUCCCUGACCCUCCAGGUGAGAGAAGAAGGGAGAGGCUUGGUGGAGAGCCAGGCCUCUGAGAACCAGGUGUCCUAUGUUAUUACAAUAGAAGAGAGGUCAUAUACCCUUCACCUGAAGCAACAAGUUUUUUUACCCAAUAAUUUCAGGGUGUAUACUUACAGCCAAGAGGGGUCUGUUCAUUCUAAUUUCCCACAUAUUAAGCGUGAUUGUUUCUACAAAGGAUAUAUUGCAGGUUUUCCAAAUUCAGUUGUGACACUCAGCACCUGUUCUGGACUUAGAGGGAUACUGCAGUUAAAGAAUGUCAGCUAUGGAAUUGAACCUUUGGAUUCUACACCUGGAUUUCAGCAUCUAGUUUAUCAAAUAUGGAAUGAAAACAUAGAGAGUCUGCUUUUUGUAGAAAAUGAUUCUGUUAUAUGGAGUGAAGGGAUGACACGAAAGCUGGAUACAGGAAUAAAAUAUGACUAUAUGGGUUCAGACAAGGAUGUUGUAACGGAGAAAAUAGUCCAGCUUAUUGGCUUUGUCAACAGUAUGUUUACCCCUCUUAAUAUGACAAUUGUGCUGUCUUCAUUGGAAUUCUGGGCAGAUAGUAACAAAAUUCCUACAACAGGGGAAGCUGAUGAAUUAUUACGAAGGUUUUUACAGUGGAAAAAUAUCCAUCUUAUUCUACGGCCACAUGACAUAGCAUAUUUAUUUGUUUACAGGGACCAACCAAAUUAUGUAGGGGCAUCUUUUGCAGGAAAGCUGUGUCUGAGAAACUAUUCUGGAGGGGUUGCUCUGUAUCAAAGAACAAUAACACUGGAGACAUUUUCAGUCAUCAUUGCACAGCUGCUCGGGCUUAGUCUGGGAAUAGCAUAUGACGAUUCUAGGGACUGUCAGUGUUCAGGAUACACCUGCAUAAUGCAUACCAAAGCAGUACAUUCCAGUGGGACAAAGGCCUUUAGCAACUGCAGUAUAGGAGACUUUCAAAGUUUCAUUGCAAAUGGAGAAGGGGAAUGCCUUUUGAACAAACCGUAUUUGAAUGCAUCUUAUAGAGCUCCCGUCUGUGGCAACAAAAAAGUGGAGGAAGGAGAGGACUGUGACUGUGGCACAAGAAAGCAUGUGAGGAAGAAAAUGGGAAGGAGGAAACAGAAGAUGGAAGAGGAGGAGAAAAUAUGCAUCGGGCACAAGGACCGCCCUGAAGAAGGACUGAAGGGUGACCGUGAGGAGAUUCCUGCUGUGGCUCCUGAUGCCCCUGUGGUGCAUGAUGAAGGACGCAAGUUCGAAGUGGCUGUCACUGAGAAACUGGUGCACACGGAGCUGGUCCAGAUGAACAGUACCUACUGGUGUGUGACUACCCAGAACCACUCCGAGCUAAAUGGAAAGCCCUGCCCCUCAAGACAUCCAUCCGUGUGCAUGACAAUCCCCCGAAGGGCAACCCUGACUGUUGACAGGAUGCGGCUCCACUGUACUCUGCCAAUGACGAGUAACCUCACGUGGGAUCCGGAAUGGCACUACAGCAGUAAGUAUCUAGAGGAGGGUCUACAGGCCCUGCAGGCGAAGAUCGAGGAGUUGGUGGCCGAGGCCCAAAGACGCAUUGGGGAAAGCCAUCUGAGGUACACUCGGAUGGGGAGACCGUGGACCAGUCAGUAUUAA